AUGGCCAUGUCUGUCCGUGACGUCAUCUUCGUCUUCUUGUUACUUCUGUCCUCUGAGCUACAAGUUCAAGGAAUGGACAGUAAAACCACGACAAAGGAAGGCUUCAACAUUCUUAUCAUCAACCAACUUCCACACAGCACGUGGCUGACCCUCCGGCUGCUGGGACGUGCCCUGGCCGACAGGGGGCAUUCCGUCACUAUGAUGAUGCCUGACGACGUCUUCAAGCACCUCAUCAGCACACCUGUACAAGACAAGGUCAAGUACGAAGGCGCUCCUUGCGAGCCGGGGACGUUGGCAGCAGGACGUGCUUUCGAAGGUCACUACUGGGAAGGAGAAUACACCAACUUGUUGGCGGCGGUCGAAAACUACCUAGCCGCGGGCAGCAAAAGUUGUGAAGCACUACUCCUUCAUUUGGACCAACAAGCCGCCAAAGGUCUCAAGUAUGACGUUGUGUUGUCGACCGCUCCUGAUUUUCCCUGUGGUCCCGUGUUGGCGCGUUAUUUCGGCUUACCGUCCGCCAUUGUGUAUGUGCCUUCUUCCUCACUACUCUUCGGCUCCGGUAACCCCUUCCCUCUGGCGUACUGGCCCGUCAUGCCCAGCGGAUUCUUAACGGAAAUGACCUUCAAGGAGAAAAUACAGAACGUACUUUAUUACUUAGGAGCGAGGUACUAUCAUGGUGUAGAAUGUUCCGCUUUUGACUUCAUCGUGCACAAAUACUUUUGA